AUGCCCUGCAUCCCUACUCUGGUGUGCCCUGGUCAACCCCGAGGGCUACUGACAGGUACCCGGCUCCACCCAAGGCCGGGCAAAGCGCCUACCCGGACCCGUCAUACUCGGGGCCGGCUCACAUUUUUACAUGUGAUUGAUCGAGAUCGAAUCAAAAUGGAUGCAAAAAACGAUUCUCCCGAACUAGACCCAAUCAGCUUAUCAGAAUUACCAAGAAUCAAUACUUAUAUUCCAAAUCAAAAUGGGACAAAAGCUUUAGUUUUCAUAACAAAAUAUAAUCAUAAACAAAAACAAAUGAACAGAUCAUUACAGUUUAUUGAACUUCAAAGAGAAACUCCAAAUCAUGAACUUUUGAUUGAUAAUCUAGUUUAUACUGAAGCGAUUUGGAUUGAUUCUAAUACGAUCCUUUAUCUCAGGCCUCCAGGAUCAAGUUUAGAAAAACCUGAUUUAGAUCCUACUUUAGAUACUUCAUCUGCCACUAAAGAAUUGAAUCAAAGACUUGAUUCUUUGCCAAAUAACGAAGGAAAAUUAAUUGAACUAUGGGCCAUAAAUCUCGAAAAGAAAACAAAUGAAAAAGCUUAUGAAAACUAUCUAGUUGGAAAAUUACCAACUACAAUCUCAGAUUUACAAUCGAUUUCAUUAUCAAAAACCUCUGCAAUCUUAGCUUUUUUUGCAGAAGUCUAUGCUCCUUAUGAUCACGAAUCAAUAAAAAAAGUGGAUGAGAUUGAAAAACUUAAAAAAGACGAAGAUGAUGGGUCUUCUGGAAUGGUAUAUGACGCUUUGUUUGUUAGACGUUGGGAUACUUGGAUGAAUCCUCAUGGGAAAUCUAGUCGGGUUUAUUUUACUCAACUUUCUCUUACUGAAAAUCUUCAAUGGUCGUUAUCUUCAGAUUCGACUUUUUAUUCUCCUUUCCCUAAUUUAACGGUUCCUAAUGGUCCACUUGGUGACGGAUCUGAUUUUGAUCUUUCAGGUUCAUCAAUCGUUGUAACAUCAAAAGAUCCAAACUUAAAUCCAGCUUGGCAUACUCGUCAGAACAUUUAUGUGGUACCAUUAUUUCCAAAACAUAAAGAAGAUGGUAGAAUAGUAGAAGUCACAAUGGGAGAUCAAGGUGCAACUUCAAAUCCUGUUUUUUCACCAUCAGCAAAAUCUAAUAAUACCAGAGAUAAAGGGAAAUUAGCUUGGUUAGAAAUGAGAAUAGAUGGAUACGAAUCAGAUCGUAAUAGAGUAAUGAUAUAUGAUUUCGAAACUCGUAGAAGAUAUUGUUUAACUAAACAUUGGGAUAGGUCUCCAAGUCGAAUAAUCUGGGGUAAAGAUGAUACUGAAAUAUUUUUAACUGCUCAGGAACAUGGUAGGGUGAAAGCUUUUCGUCUUCCUGUUAAAGAAGAUUCAAAAGAAAUGCCAAUAAGUCUAACAAAAGAGAACUCAAUUUCUAAUCUAUCUUACUUACCAACUUCAACACCUGAAUCCACAAAUUUAUUACUUACAACUUCUUCAUUAAAUUCAUUAAAUUCUCCAUCCAUCUUAAAUUUAUCAAAAAAUCAAGAUGUAUCAUUGAUGAAAUUGAAUUCUUUUGAGACACUUGGACUUGAUGGACUUGAUGAUGCAGAACACUUUUGGUUUGAGGGUGCCGAAGAAGUUAAAGUUCAUGGGAUCUUUAUUAGACCUCCUGGGUUUAAAAAAGGUGUCGAAGAAAAAUGGCCGUUAUUAUUUUUAAUACAUGGUGGUCCUCAAUCGGCUUGGAAUGAUUCUUGGGGUUUAAGAUGGAAUGCCAAUGCAUUUGCAUCUGCUGGUUAUCUUGUGGCUAUGAUCAAUCCAUCUGGUUCUACGGGUUUUGGUCAAGAAUUUACGGAUUCUAUUAACCAACAAUGGGGUGGUAAACCUUAUAAGGAUUUAGCAGCUGGUUAUCAGUAUAUACUUGAUCAUUAUCCAGAGAUAGAUUCAAAUCGAACAGCUGCACUUGGUGCAAGUUACGGAGGUUAUAUGGUCAACUGGUUGAUGGGACACAACAAUUCACCAUUCAAUUUUAAAGCAUUCGUUUCACAUGAUGGAAUCUUGAAUACAAUUUCGACUUACUUUGCUACAGAUGAAAUAUAUUUUCCUGAACAUGAGUUUGGUGGAACUGCUAUCCAUAAGAAAGAAGUUUAUGAGAAAUGGAACCCAUUGAAUUUUGUCGGGAACUGGAAAACUCCUUGUUUGGUUAUUCAUAGUCGAUUCGAUUAUCGAUUACCUGAAUCUGAAGGAAUAAGUGUCUUUAAUUCUUUACAACGUCAAGGAAUUCCAUCUAAAUUACUUUAUUUUCCGGAUGAAAAUCAUUGGGUUUCUAAAUCUGCUAAUUUAAUACGUUGGUAUAAAGAGAUAUUUAAAUUUUUGGAUGAAUGGUGUCCUGCUGGAGUAAGUUCAAGUGUUUCUGGUUCAAAUUAA